CAUGGAGCGCUCACCGCCCGACGGGCCGCUGAACGCGUCGGGGGCGCUGGCGGGCGAGGCGGCGGCGGCGGCAGCGGGCGGGGCGCGCGGCUUCUCCGCCGCCUGGACCGCGGUGCUGGCGGCGCUCAUGGCGCUGCUCAUCGUGGCCACGGUGCUGGGCAACGCGCUGGUCAUGCUCGCCUUCGUGGCGGAUUCGAGCCUCCGCACGCAAAACAACUUCUUUCUGCUCAACCUCGCCAUCUCCGACUUCCUCGUGGGGGCAUUCUGCAUCCCACUCUAUGUGCCCUACGUGCUGACCGGUCGCUGGCCCUUCGGCCGGGGCCUCUGCAAGCUGUGGUUGGUGGUGGACUACCUGCUCUGCACCUCCUCUGUCUUCAAUAUCGUGCUUAUCAGCUAUGACCGCUUCCUGUCGGUCACCCGAGCCGUCUCUUACCGGGCCCAGCAGGGUGACACGCGGCGGGCGGUGCAGAAGAUGGUGCUGGUGUGGGUGCUGGCCUUCCUGCUCUAUGGACCCGCCAUCCUCAGUUGGGAGUACCUGUCUGGUGGCAGCUCCAUCCCUGAGGGCCACUGCUACGCCGAGUUCUUCUACAACUGGUACUUCCUCAUCACGGCCUCCACCCUCGAGUUCUUCACCCCUUUCCUCAGCGUCACCUUCUUCAAUCUCAGCAUCUACCUGAACAUCCAGAGGCGCACCCGUGUCCGGCUGGAUGGAGUGCGCGAGGCGGCCACCACCGAGCUUCCGCCCGAGGCCCAGCCCUCUCCACCGCCUGCCGCACCCAGCUGCUGGGGAUGCUGGCAGAAAGGGUGUGGGGAGGCUGUGCCGCUGCACAGGUACGGGGUGGGGGUCAGCGAGGUGACCCCGGGCCCUGAGGCCGGGGAGGUGGCCCUCGGGGGUGGUAGCGGUGGGGGUGCCGCGGCCUCGCCCACCUCCAGCUCUGGCAGCUCCUCAAGGGGCACCGAGAGGCCUCGCUCACUCAAGCGCGGCUCCAAGCCGUCCGCAUCCUCUGCGUCCCUGGAGAAGCGCAUGAAGAUGGUAUCCCAGAGCAUCACCCAGCGCUUCCGGCUCUCACGGGACAAGAAGGUGGCCAAGUCACUGGCCGUCAUUGUGAGCAUCUUUGGGCUCUGCUGGGCCCCCUACACACUCCUGAUGAUCAUUCGGGCUGCCUGCCAUGGCCACUGCAUCCCCGACUACUGGUACGAGACGUCCUUCUGGCUGCUGUGGGCCAACUCGGCCGUCAACCCCGUCCUCUACCCGCUGUGCCACUAUAGCUUCCGCCGGGCCUUCACCAAGCUGCUCUGCCCCCAGAAGCUCAAGAUCCAGCCCCACAGCUCCCUGGAGCACUGCUGGAAGUGAGCUGACCUUCCAUGGCACCCGGGAUGCUUGAGGCCAUUGCCACGCCCUCGAGGCCCUGGGUUCCUGGGCAGCUGGGCCUUCACGUCCACCUGGCCACCCUGCAGGCAUGUGCUCUGCCUUGUCUCUGGCCCACCCUAAAUGCCAUGGCAGCCUCUCAGACCAUCCGCUGGCAGUGGAGGCAGCUUGGUGGGCGGCUGGAAGGGCCCCUGCUGCGUGAGCCAGGAUGAUGCCACCCAAGUCCUGCUGUAGCCCAGGAGGGACAACCCAGGGCUCCCAGUCACUCUGUCCACCCCCACGGACAGUGUGAUGGCUGGUCAUGUCCUUGCUUCUCACAGUUACUGCUCAGUGUUCUUCCCAAAGCAAGUGCUUGGCGUGUGCUCCAGGCCUCUGGGGCCAGCGCUUGGCCCCUGCACACACACACACCUGCGCAUGCCUGCACACCUGCCCUGUUCCAGACAAGCCCUGGCUGCUGGCUUUGCUGCUGUCCAUCCCCUGCUUGAGGCCGGACCCGGUCCUUCAUCCCUCCUCCCUCCAACUUUAUCUGCUCCCAAAGUGCCGGGCGCUCCCCAGGAACCUUGCUCGCAGCAGGUCUCUGCGUCUCCAUUCUGGGUGUUUCAGGAAGACGGAGAAGAAGAAAACACGUCCAUGAACUCGAUGUUCCCUAGAUGUUUAAUCAAAAGAGACAAAAUUGCUGAGGCGCUCGGGGCUGGAUUGGCAGGUGUGGGCUCCCACGCCCUCCUUCCUUGUGUGCCGCUUCUGGCUGAGCCGAGCCAGCUGCUCUGCCCACCCCGCCCCCAGCUCAGGUACUGGGCCCCGACUGGAGGCUCUGAGGGUGGCCGGAGCCCCGGACGCCUGAUUGUCCAGAAGGCUGCCCCUCCCGCUCCAUCUGCUCAACCAGAGUUUCCUGGUUGGGGAGAGGGAAACAGCCGAGCCCUGAGAGUCCUCUCAGGGCAGUCAGAGGAGCCCAGCGGCCAGGGGCCAAGCCCAGCAGAGGGGCCGCUUCGCCGCAUCCCGUGCACUGGCUGGCGCGCUGCAUGCUUUGCUCCCCACACACCUGCCGUGCUGCCCCUGCAGACCCUGAAGUCCACACAGUAAAGUGUAUUUUUUUAUUGGUGCUGA